AUGAUGAUUGUUAACAAUCUUCCUAUAUAACUUGUAAAUUAUAACGUUGUACAGAUGCAUGGUGGUAAAUUUAUGUAGUGCGACCAAAGCAACAAUGAAUCAGAUGAGAGAUGGGAAUCGUGAAAAAAAAAAAUAAGAGUGAAAAAUCAUUACUUGAAUCAGAAUUGAUGUUUAUUUAUCAUUGAAUAAUAAUAUACAAACAUGGGUAGAGUUAUUCGUAAUCAAAGAAAAGGGGCAGGAUCAAUCUUCACUUCUCAUACCAGAUUAAGAAAAGGGGCUGCUAAAUUAAGAACCUUGGAUUUCGCCGAAAGACAUGGAUACAUUAGAGGGGUUGUAAAACAAAUCUUACAUGAUCCAGGUAGAGGUGCACCAUUAGCUAAAAUUGUAUUUAGAGAUCCUUACAAGUAUAAAUUAAGAGAAGAAACUUUCAUUGCUAAUGAAGGGGUUUAUACUGGUCAAUUCAUUUAUGCUGGGAAGAAAGCUUCUUUAAAUGUAGGUAAUAUCUUACCAUUAGGUGCUUGUCCUGAAGGUACUAUUGUUUCCAAUGUGGAAGAAAAAGUUGGUGAUAGAGGUGCUUUAGGGAGAACUUCUGGUAAUUAUGUGGUCAUCAUUGGUCAUAAUGCUGAUGAAGGUAAAACUAGAGUUAAAUUACCUUCAGGUGCUAAAAAAGUGAUUUCAUCUGAUGCCAGAGGAGUUAUUGGUGUGGUUGCUGGUGGUGGUAGAACUGAUAAACCAUUAUUAAAAGCUGGUAGAGCAUUCCAUAAAUAUAGAGUUAAAAGAAACUCAUGGCCAAAAACUAGAGGUGUUGCUAUGAAUCCAGUUGAUCAUCCUCAUGGUGGUGGUAAUCAUCAACAUAUUGGUAAAGCUUCUACUAUUUCUAGAGGGGCAGUUGCUGGUCAAAAGGCAGGUUUGAUUGCUGCUAGAAGAACUGGUUUAUUAAGAGGUACUCAAAAAACCCAAGAUUAG